AUGUCAUCGAAGUCUAAAUCACCACCUCCGGACACUGCUGGAGUUGAUAUCCCACCGUCGGUGCUAGCAAUAUCGAAUCUUAAGUGCCCUUCACCACCCCCAAUUUUAAAUAAGCCAGGAUUUAAAUCUCCACCUCCUCAGCCACUUGAUGAGGCAGGAUCUCCAGCCCCAGGUGCACCAUCUAACCGUGAAAGAAUUCCUGCUGGAGGUGCUAUACUAAGCAAGAAAGAAAAGCUUGCACAAGGUACAACAUCACCAGCUUCUGUGGUUGAGCCGGACACUGUCACGGAGAACCACGUCAAGCUUAUUACAACUGCUCCUACACAGUCCGAAUUGGAUUUUGUAGCAAACCCUCCAGAGAAUAGUAACCACCAUAAAGUGCCCUCCGUCCACGCGCAUUUCUAUGCUGAUGAAUUGACAAAGCCCUUGAAAAGCAGAUCGAGGAGCGGCUCGUCAGCUGCUGCCUCUGAUGCUGGCCUGGGUUCAGAACAGUUCUUGGCUAACAAUGGCUCAGUAACCAACUUUGGAAUGGCUGCUGCAACAGCCAACAACCAAACAAUUGCAGGAGCCCUUGGAGAACAAAACGGCAACAUCGAUCCAAGACUCCCUACUGACGAUGGAAAAUUGCAUGUACUUAUUGGAGUCUGUGGUGCUCUCUCCGUCAUCAAGGUAAAGUUAAUAGUUCAUAAGCUUUUCGAAAUUUACACACAAGAUAAAAUAUCUAUUCAAUUAAUUCUUACUGAAGCCAGUGAGAAUUUCAUCCCACAGGAGAUACUACACCACUUGGAAAACACCAAGAAGAUUAGAAUUUGGAGAGAUUCAGACGAAUGGACAACUUGGAAAACAAGACUGGAUCCUGUAUUGCACAUAGAGCUUCGUCGUUGGGCCGAUGUAUUAGUUGUAUGUCCAUUGACAGCCAAUACUCUUUCAAAGAUAUCACUCGGUAUGUGUGAUAACUUACUUACCAACGUAAUAAGAGCAUGGAACACAUCGUAUCCCAUUUUGUUGGCUCCGUCUAUGGUCAGUUACUCAUACAAUGCCAUCACUACAAAGAGACAGAUACGGUUGAUCUCUGAAGAAAUGCCUUGGAUAGAAAUCCUUAAACCUGUAGAAAAGGUGAUAGGAUCGUAUGGUGACAUUGGUAUGGGGGGUAUGAUGGAUUGGAAUGAAAUUGUCAAUAGAAUUGUCAUGAAGUUGGGUGGAUAUCCAGAGGAAGAAGAUGAUGACGAUGAGUCGAAAAACAACAACGAUGAUGCCAUCGCGGAUGACGACAACGAUGAUGAUGAUGAAGAUGACGAUGACGAUGAUGAAGAUGACGAUGACGAUGAUGAAGAUGAGGAUGCAGCAGAUGAGGAUGCAGCAGAUGAUGAAAGUAAUCAGGGUGUUCCCAGCAUUUCUCAGGAACUUGAUAGUCUUAAAUUCACUUAG